GCUUGUGGCCCAGGCCAGCACGCGCCCGCCCUGUUCCUCAGUUCACUUCUCGAACAGCUUUAUCAAGCUAUUCUACCCGGUUUAUUCCCGCAUCUCUGUUCCUCAGGUAAACAUCCUUAGUCAUGGAGAGUUACCACAAACCCGACGAGAAGACUCUUCAAGGCCUGAAGAACAUUGCUAAUAAGCUAAGAAUUCACUCUAUCAAGGCAACAUGUGCGUCAAAUUCGGGACACCCCACAUCAUGCUGCAGCGCUGCUGAGAUCAUGUCUGUGCUGUUCUUCCACACCAUGCGCUACAAAGCUGACGACCCCCGUAACGCCUGUAAUGACCGCUUUGUUUUGUCCAAGGGUCAUGCAGCUCCUAUUCUCUAUGGAGCAUGGGUUGAAGCUGGCUAUGUAAAAGAGUCCGAAUUGCUUAACUUGCGCAAGAUUGACUGUGACCUUGAGGGCCAUCCAACACCUAAAUUAGCCUUUGUGGAUGUGGCUACAGGCUCCUUGGGACAGGGUCUAGGAGCUGCAUGCGGGAUGGCUUACACUUCAAAAUACUUUGACAAAUCCAGCUACCGUGUGUACUGCCUUCUGGGAGAUGGUGAGUGCUCUGAGGGUGCAGUGUGGGAGGCCAUGGCUUUUGCUUCCCACUAUGGCCUGGACAACCUUGUAGCCAUUCUGGAUGUAAACCGCCUGGGGCAGAGUGAGGCUGCACCUCUGAAGCAUGACACAGCUGCCUACCUGGAGCGCUGCAAGGCUUUUGGAUGGAACACUUGUGUAGUUGAUGGCCAUGAUGUGGAAGAGCUUUGUAAGCAACUCUGGCAUGCAGAACGUUUUAAAGGGAAGCCCACUGCCAUUGUGGCCAAAACCUUCAAAGGCAAAGGGCUCAAAGGCAUUGAGGACAAUGAUAAUUGGCAUGGCAAGCCCAUCCCUAAGGACCGUGUGGAUGAGCUGAUUUCUCAUCUUAAGAACCAGAUCCAGGCUUCUGGCAAAUCCCUCCAGGCUGCCCUGCCUAAUGAGGAUGCAGCUCCGGUUGACCCAAAUCCCAUCUAUCUACCAUCUCCUCCAGAACACAAGCCUGGAGACAAGAUCUCUACAAGAAAAGCUUAUGGUAUUGCCCUAAAGAAGAUGGGAGAUGCCAGUCAGCGUAUUGUGGCUUUGGAUGGAGAUACCAAAAAUUCUACCUUCGCUGAGACAUUUAAGAAAGCCCAUCCUGAUCGCUACAUUGAGUGUUUCAUUGCUGAACAGAAUAUGGUGAGUGUGGCAAUUGGUUGUGCCACUCGUGAUCGUACCAUUUCAUUUGUCAGCACAUUUGCUGCAUUUUUAUCACGUGCCUAUGAUCAGAUUCGCAUGGCAGCGAUUUCUCAGUCUAAUGUCAAUCUGGUGGGCUCCCAUUGUGGCGUUUCUAUUGGUGAGGACGGCCCCUCUCAGAUGGCUUUGGAGGAUCUCGCAAUGUUCCGUGCUAUCCCAACAUGCACUGUGUUUUACCCUAGUGAUGGAGUGUCCACCGAGAGGGCAGUAGAGUUGGCAGCAAAUACAAAGGGUAUCUGUUUCAUAAGGACCAGUCGACCAGAUACAGCCAUCAUAUACGAGCCAGACGAGAAAUUUGAAAUUGGUAAAGCUAAGGUGGUGCGUCAGUCUAACAGUGAUCAAGUGACCGUGAUUGGUGCUGGAGUUACACUGCAUGAGGCCCUUGCUGCACAUGACAUUCUGGCUAAAGAAGGAGUGAACAUUCGUGUAAUCGACCCAUUCACUAUCAAACCCCUGGAUGCUGCUACAAUUGUGGCCAGUGCUCGUGCCACCCAGGGCAAAGUGAUCACGGUGGAAGAUCAUUACAAAGAGGGUGGUCUGGGCGAGGCUGUCUUGGCAGCAGUGGGAGAGGAACCAGGCAUCGUGGUCCAUCGACUGGCUGUGAGCCGGGUCCCCCAGAGUGGCAAACCUCAGGAGCUGCUGGACAUGUUUGGCAUCAGUGCUAAGUCUAUUGUGGCUGCAGUCAGGUGCACUUUUGCCAAUUGAAUGCCUCAAAUCCCACCCAGUCGUUCCUUAUUCCUGACCAACCGCUAAUACAAUUGGCUUAAAUGCUUUUGGCCUGUAAUCAUUUCUUUCCCCAACAAAAGCACUGCCGUUAAUGACAUUCUAGGAAAACUUCUGAAACGGUUCUUUUGUUUAUUUUCCUUGAUGCUUUGCAAAGAUUGAGUAACCGCUCCGGUGUUCAGACCAUGGUCUCACUUUUCAUCUGUUAGGAUAAAUAUGUAACAUCAUCCCUAGUCAUGUAUUAAACAUUUCAUUGGCUAAUUCACAGUGCAGCGCUUGACUCAUAAUUUGUGUUUAAUUCUUUGCCAUUUAAGUUUCUGCAGUCCUCUUGCAUCUCCUCUGCUGCUUUGUUCUUUAUUUUUUUACCACCUGUAUCUUUAAGAUACCCCUCUUCUUCCCCAGUUACUUUCAGUAUAAAACAUUUACUGUCUAGGAUAGUAAAAUUAUGGUUGCAGUUGAAAAUUCCAAACUGACUAAGGACUGUAACAAAGCACAUGGGGCGUCUCAUAAUGUCUCAUGUCUGAACUACUGUGUAUUUGCUUCAUCUUGUCUCAUUGUGAUGUGCUCGCUUGUGUGUCAUGUUACUAAACUGUCAAGAUGGUUGUUGGUUAUUUGAAUCAUCUGGUUCACUCUAUCAUGAAUAAACAGUCAUAAAAUGAA